AUGCCUAAUCUUGAAACGUAUAAUAUUUUGAUUAAGAUUUCAUGUCGAAAACGACAGUUUGAUCAAGCCAAGAAGCUUUUGGAUUGGAUGUGGAGUUAUGGAGUACGACCUGAUGGUUAUAGUUAUGGGACUUUGAUCAAUGGGCUUGUGAAAUGUGGUACUUUAUUGGAUGCCUUGAAGGUGUUUGAUGAAGUGUCUGAGAGAGGUCUUACCCCCGAUGUUACUUGUUAUAAUAUUUUGAUUGAUGGGUAUAUAAAAUCUGGCCUUGUUGAUGAAGCUAAAGAAAUUUUUCAGAGGUUGACAACUGAUUCUGAGGUUUAUCCAAGUGUGGUGACCUACAAUGUUAUGAUCAAUGGUCUAAGCAAAUGUGGUUAUGUAAGUGAGAGUUUAGAGUUUUGGCGCCGGAUGAAGGUGAAUGAGAGAAAGUUAGAUGUGUUUGACGAGGGGGGAGAAGAAAAAUUUGUCAGAAGGUUAGAGAAAAAUGGAGGAUUGAAGCUUGAAGAAGGUAGGAAGAAGGUUGAAGAAGGAGAGAGAAAAAAUCGAGGGGAAAAAAUGAAUAUAUGGGUCAAAUUUUUAAAUUACCACCCGUUAGGUGGGGCCCUUUUACGGAAAACCACCGGAAUUUUGAAACAGGUGGUAACUUGA